AAUAGUGAUGUAUUAUUGUGAUUCACCCGUUCGAAAACCCUUUGACGCUGGUCAUCUCAUAAUUGUCCAUUAUAUACAAUACAAUCUGACCAGUUAACAUAUAUAUCAACUGGACGAUAAUUACUCUCCAUUAGUCGAGCCAAAUAGACCAACGGAUAACGUCAACAUGGAGAAAUCCUUGUGUUUGUUUCUUUUUUUGUGUAGUGCUUUAUUGGAAGGUCAUGCAAUGUUUAGAAUGCUACAUCUGUGAUAACUGCCCGAAAACCAAACUAGAUGAAAUACAAACUUGUGGGCCUACUACAAUUACUGAGCUAUCGACUACGACAACGGAAUCUCCAGCCACCACAACAGUGACGACAAAACUUCCAACCCCUUCUACCACACUUAUACUUACAACAGAAGCUAUAUCGGAAUUUACAACUAUUUCCUCAACAAUUCCUACAGAAGCUAUAACUACGUCCACGACGACAGAAGCUGCUACUACGACAGAAACAAGACCUACUUCCACAGAAUCCACAAAUCCAAACGUUGCAUCCUCAACAGCUACGUACCUUAGCUUGGUACCUACGAAUACUCCAAUGAUAAGCCCCGCAGAUGAUAUAACCUCUUCUACAGUCACAACAAUAACCAUUUCUGAUUUUCCAAGCACCGUCACAGAAUUUCAACAAAUCACAACACCCACAGAGGCUUCAAUCUCGUCAGCGUUACUGACAACAAACAUAACAGACGCUACGACAAGUUCUAAAACGACUUCCAUGUAUCCUACAAUACUUAAAGAAACAAUAGCUGAGCCCGUAAUUAGUACCAUAGCAACGAAAAAAGAUCCUGGUCCAACAGACAACACAGUAUCAUUUAUUUCUACGUUACUUACCACGGAAGUGCCUCUUGCAACUUUUCCUGUAACAGAACCUACAAUACAGACGUUUUCAAAAUUACCUACGUUAACCGAACAGAACAUGGAAUCUACAAUACAAAAUAUUCCUGCACUGGCAUUGGCACAACCUAUAAGCACGUUCACCAAAUCUGCACCAAAUAUAUCUCUAGACGCUGCAAUUUAUCCGGAGUCUACAGUAAAUAAUAUAAGACCUGACAAAGAAGAAAACGUGCCAUACCGUUCUAGGAGAAUGAGGUCCUCAUCAGAAGCUUGUGCGUGCAAGAUCGGUGAAAAAUGUGACUGUUUGACCCAUCAAAGAACGAAAAGAUACACUUUGAGAGGACUGGGCCUGUCGAAGGAAGCUGUCAAGUACGUUUGCUUCGUGGAUAAAUAUAAAGUAAAUGAGACGGAGAUCGUGAAAAGAGGAUGUGCCAUCAAGGAAGCAGACGAAAAAACUUUGUGCACGAAGUUGGGCUUCGGAGGUGACUGUAAGAUCUGCGACACCCAUCAGUGCAACGGUGCUGCCAUCAUACAAGCUUCUAUACUGUUAAUGUUUAGUCUAUUGUUCAUUUGAUACGAUUAUUUCAUGAUCUGCUGUUACAAUAAAUGCUAUUUAUUUAUUUCA